AUGGCUAUCGACAUACUUUAUGUUGCAUGUGCUGCAACAAUUCUAGCCGUCAUACAUUUGGUGAAUAACUACCUGUCGACCGGCGUAACGAAGAUUCCUGGACCAUUUCUCGCCGGCUUGAGCAACCUGUUCCGUGCCUACAAUGUGGGCAAAGGAGAUAAUCAAGUGUCUUUGGUAGCGCUUCAUGACAAGUACGGAGAUAAUGUCCGACUGGGGCCUCGCGUGGUAAGCAUCAGGAACCCCGCCGACGUCUCCAAGGUCUACAGUGUCAAGAAUGGAUUUCCGAAAAGCAGCUUCUAUGCCGUCCAACAGCAGCUGGUCAAUGGCAAGGCGACCCAAACAUUGUUCACUACGCUGAGCGACGCCUUCCACGCUCGCAUUAAGCGACCCGUUGCAAACGCCUACUCGAUGACGACCUUGACCGACUACGAGCCACUGGUCGACUCGUCCAUUGAAUCUCUCUUCGCCGAAUUGGAUCAGCGAUACGCAAGCAAAGGCCUCCCAGUACCUCUUUUCGAGUGGUUUCAAUACUACGCCUUCGAUGUCAUUGGCGAGCUCACCUGUAGCAAGCCGUUCGGCUUUAUGAACGAAGGACGCGACAUUGAGGGGAUCAUAGCUUCCUUGAACACGACAAUGGAUUAUAACGCCAUUAUCGGGCAGCUCCCCUGGCUAGAUCGUUGGCUGAAGAAGAACCCAAUCUUGUCUCGGUUCACGCACUCUACCGGCCCGGUGGCGUUCUUUGCCAAGGCCAGACUUCAAGAGCGACUGAUCGCGGAGGAGACUCGGAAGUGGACACCAAGCAAGCCAGGAAACUUGGACUUCGUCGACAAGUUUUUGAGAGCCAGAGAAACUCAUUCCGAUGUCGUUGACGACGCCCAGGUUCUCUCAUACAUGAUCACCAAUAUGUUUGCUGGGUCGGACACGACGGCGAUAUCACUGCGAGCGAUUCUGUAUUACACGACUAGAAACCCACGAGUAUACGCCAAACUUAUGACCGAGCUCGAUGAAGCUCACGCCGAGGGCAGGCUGUCUGUUCCAGUCUCAUGGAAGGAUAGCCAGCAACUCCCCUAUUUCGCCGCAGUUGUUUCCGAGGCAUUGCGACUUCACCCGGCGGUCGGUCUGAUCUUGGAGCGACUUGUACCCGAGGGCGGACUUAGGCUUGCCAAUGGAACCCUUUUACCUCCGGGAACGAUUGUCGGUGCCUCGCCGUGGGUGGUCCAUCGAGACAAGGCCGUCUUUGGCCAGGAUGUCGAUGAAUUUCGACCGGAACGUUGGCUCCGAGCUGCCCACGAGUCUCAGCAUGAGUUUGAUGAUCGCCUGAAGGCUAUGAACGGAGCUACGUUUACCUUUGGGAAAGGCCACCGUACGUGUAUCGGCAAGAACAUUAGCCUGCUAGAAAUCUUCAAGGUGAUUCCGAGCUUCUUCCUUACAUACAAGGUUUCUGCCCGUGAGGCACCUAUCCCCGGCUUUGAUGUUUUCGUUCCCCAGUGGGAGGUUGCCGCAACCCCCGGGGGCGAGACUCUCCUGCUCAACGGCACUGUCGAGGAAGUCAUUGGCCAGCUCUACGAGAUCAAUCCUGAUUUCAAGGAGAUGGAGUGGUUGAACCAGACGGCUAAGGAAUCGCCGGCUCUGGCCAAGCGGGCCGACUUUCUGGGCGCGCGGGUGUACUGCGACCAUGCCAGCAACGUCAAGAACGCCAAACGGGAAGUUAUCUUCACCGGUAUUGGCUAUCUUAAGGUCGUCGGAGGCCACCCUAUGAGUGGAGGCGGCCCGGCAGCGUGCGGCAAAAACCGCAUCAUAAUUGUCGGCGGCGGCCUGGGAGGUCUUUCUCUGGCCCAAAGCCUCAAAAACGCCACCCCACCCAUCCCAUUCCAUGUCUUCGAGCGCGACACUUCAGCUGCUUUCCGCGCCCAGGGAUACCGCAUCCGUAUCUCUCCCGACGGUGCUGCUGCCUUACAGAAGCUGCUCCCCGAGAAUAUGUGGCAAGCAUUCGAAGCAACCUCGGCACCCAUGAAGCCCGGCUUCAAUCGUCUCGACGCCACCACUGGCAAGCCUACCGAGUGGGCACAGCCGCUUCCUGGUCCUCCCCCCAAGACGGGGGCUGGACGGCAAGGGCUUCAGGACGGCAAAGCGUAUAACAUCGAUCGCGCUGUACUCCGCAGCAUCUUGCUCGAAGGUCUCGAGGACCAAAUCUCGUUCGGCAAGAAAUUCGAAAGCUUCCAGGCAACCUCUGAUGACGGGGUGGUGGUUACUUUCGGUGACGGAUCCAAGGAGUCUGGGAGCGUCCUUGUUGGUGCUGACGGCACCCGCUCGGCCAUCCGCCGGCAACUGAUGCCCGAUUUCACCGUCCUGGAUACUGAAGGUCGAGCUGUCUUUGGAAAGACUUUCCUCACGCCGGAGUUGGGAAGUCAUGUUCCUCCGGAGAUUCUCAAGGGGAUGUCACUCAUUGGACAGUCGAGCGACAGCCCAGUGAAGCUGUUCUGCGACAACAUGGAGUUCGACACUGCCAUGACGGCAGAUGUGAGAUCCAAGUUCAACGUUCCGGCCGACUACGUCUACUGGGUUCUCUGUUUCCGCAAUGACAUGACCGAACACUCGCAGGAGACUCUGCUCAAGUUCGAUCAUACCGAAUCAGCUCAGCAAUCGCGGACUCUUGCUUCGUCUUGGCAUCCGUCGGUGCAGGCGCUUCUCGAAAGGCAGCAUGAGCCUUCUGCCUCCACGCUGGCAUUCCACACGACUACGGAGAAACACUUCACAGCAGCAUGGAAUGACCUCAUUGACGCCAAGGAUACCACCGGAGACGCUCGCCUGCCGGUUACCUUGAUGGGAGACGCGGCUCACCCGAUGUCGCCGGUCGGAGGAGUCGGUGCCAACUCCGCUUUCCAGGAUGCUGCGGAUUUGUUCAAUGCGCUUGUUGAGAUCUCAUCCAACUCAUCUCAAUCUCACGACAAGAUCAACAAGUUGACAGUAUAUGAGAGGAACAUGGUCGAGAGAGCUCGCAAGGGCUACGACAUUGGCCCCGCGGCGCGCCUAGAGAUAGGAGAUGUCUUCGAGUUCCUCUGGGCGGACUCGCAUGAGUUUGAGUGGGAGUGGAAGUGCCUUGGAUACACUCGCUUCAUUGUCCUUCGACAUAGCGACACAUUUCCGCACUACGUGAUCUGCGUACCCAUCUCCACCCCCACCAAGAACGACUUCCAGAAGCCCGGCAUCGACUCGAGCCAGCAGGGCUACGUCUUCGACGAGAAUGAUCGCACGCCGCCCUUCGACAAGCUCCCGUUUUCCCCGGUCGGCAUGCAGCUGCGCCCUGGCAAGUUCCGCGUCAAGGAGAACUCCCGCGCGAACUACGCCGACGUGCUCGAGGUCGACCACGACGCGCAGGUCAUGAUCGUCGGCGACGUCACCCGCUACUUCGACCGCGUGCGCAGGAAUGUGAACAAGGCGGUCAUGCGGAACGUCCUGAAGAGGGCGCUCGAGCAGUACCGCCAGGGCAAGCUGGUCAGCAAGAAGGGCGCGAAGCUGGAGGCGAGCGUCAUAAACGGCGGUCAGGAUGACGACGAGCCCGAGGGUGAAAGCGAGGGCGAGCCGAUUCCUGGCGUGCCGGAGGCCUUUCUCCGUCCCGACGGCUCAAUCGUGGAGUCGAUGAGGAGCAAGGAGUCUCUCGUCGUCAGUCACAGUCGCAGGGAGUCUCAGCACAUGGGUCACGGCCGCAGUGACUCGCUCGCCGUGAAUCACAACGCCGCGGAACCCGCUCCGCCUCCGCCGGCGCCGCCGUUACCUCCGAUGGACUCGAUGGGACCCCCGCCUCCGCCUGCUCCUCCGAUGCCGCCGCAGUUCAAUCACGCGCCGGCGCCGCAGCAGUAUCAUAACUCACCGCCGAAGUACCACGGCUCUCCCCAGCAAUUCAACAGCAUGCCGCCCCCGCCGGCUCCGGCGCCGGCCAUGUCUUCCCUGUCACGGUAUAUGGACGACAAUGCCUCCAUUCGCUCAGAUGCUUCUCGACAGAGGAGACACUCGCGGAGGGAAGAGAGAGAACGGGAACGGGAUCGAAAUCCGCCGCCGCCGCCGAGGGGUGAAGAUCUGCCGAGGAAAAUGUCCGACAAUCACAUUGACGGAGCAUCAAGGCCCUACCGGCAGCGCAUCGAUCUCCCCCGGUCGCGAAGUCAACGUCAACCCGAUGGAUCAAUCUACGACAUCGCGACCGCCAGGGCAGAAUGA